CGCGUUACGGCAAUGGCGGAUCAGGAUCGUUCUCAAUUGACGUUGUCUUGGCAGGAUAGUGCGUGGCUCCCUCAUCUUAAUUCAUCCACGGCACUAGACUAUUUCUCUCAGGAAAGCAAUCCGUUUUACGACCACACGUGCAACAAUGAACUCAUCAAAAUGCAACGUCUCGAUCCCAGCCAAUUGACGACGAUGACGGGUAUAGAAUACGCUCUCGUGCACUCACAAGAUCCGAUACUGUACGUGAUCAGAAAGCAACGCAGACUCUCUCAACAUCAAGCUGUCACCCCAUUGGCUGAUUACUAUAUUUUGGCGGGAACUGUGUAUCAGGCGCCAGAUCUCUGUUCUGUUAUCAACAGUCGUCUGUUGUCUGCAUUGCAUCAUUUGCAGUUUGCGUUUGACGAAUGUCGCUCGAAGGCUACAUACGAUCCUAAACGAGGCUACGGCUGGACGUUUCAGUGUGAAGGGAAGAAGAAAGAAUCGGAUGUGGCAAAAGAUGAGGAACAGCAACAGAAAGUGUCUGUGUUUCAGAGGCAUAGAGUUGAUAUGCUGCUUGGCAAACUGGCACAUUCGUAUCCUUCUAGAGUGGUUACCGGUCAACCUGGAGAAAAACCGGUGCCAACAGUUGGUAAAGGGGAGGCUAGUCAGAGAAAUGUUAAUGAGGACGAGGUUACUGCUGCGAAUGACAAACAGCCACAGCAACAGAGUGGACAGGCGUUUGUCGAUCAGACGCAGAAGAAUGCACUCGACGACGCCAGGAUUCCACCAGCUAAAAAGAAACGAUUAUAAGCACAAUAGUUGAUUAGAAACAAAACUAUUAUUAUUAGGAGAUAAUAUAAUUACUGUAGAAUAAAUUUCAAACUAAAAUGUGACAUAAUUUCAAUUUCAAUCACACCAUUAUUGCUGAUGUCUGAGAAUGACAAAGAAAGUUUCAUUUCGUGGUAUCACAAUGAGGCCA